GGGUAGCGGCGCCGCUGCCGUAGCCCUUUAAGCAGCCUCGCCAGGGCGCACGCGCAGUCCUGCCGUUGGGCGCGCAGGCGCAGAGGCGGUGGCGGAUGUUUACCGCGGCGGAGGUCCGAGCGGUGCCGGGACCGCGGACGCGAGGGACGCGCCCGUAAGGGAGGCGCCCUGGGAGCUGCCGUCGCGGCCCAGGUCGGUGGGCUGGAGCGCGGAGUGUUGCCUGAGUGUAAUCUUGAACAUGGGCGGUGCUGUGAGUGCGGGUGAGGACAACGAUGAACUGAUUGAUAACUUGAAAGAAGCGCAGUAUAUCCGGACGGACCUGGUGGAGCAGGCCUUCCGUGCGAUUGACCGUGCAGAUUAUUAUCUGGAAGAGUUUAAGGAAAAUGCAUACAAGGAUUUGGCAUGGAAACAUGGAAACAUUCAUCUCUCGGCCCCGUGCAUCUACUCGGAGGUGAUGGAGGCUCUUGAUCUGCAGCCUGGGCUCUCAUUUCUGAACCUGGGCAGUGGCACUGGCUACCUCAGCUCUAUGGUGGGUCUAAUUUUAGGUCCUUUUGGUGUGAACCAUGGGGUGGAGCUUCAUUCAGAUGUGACAGAGUAUGCAAAGCAGAAACUGGACUUCUUCAUCAGAACAAGUGACAGCUUUGACAAGUUCGACUUCUGUGAACCUUCCUUUGUUACUGGCAAUUGCCUGGAAAUUUCUCCAGAUUGUUGUCAGUAUGAUCGUGUGUAUUGUGGGGCUGGUGUGCAGAAAGAACAUGAAGAGUACAUGAAGAAUCUUCUCAAAGUUGGAGGGAUCCUUGUCAUGCCCUUGGAGGAGAAGUUGACCAAGAUAACACGCAUAGGUCCUUCUGCUUGGGAAACCAAGAAGAUUCUGGCGGUCUCCUUUGCCCCUCUGGUCCAGCCUUGCCACUCUGAGUCGGGAAAGUCUAGACUUGUCCAACUACCACCACCAGCUGUUCGAAGCCUACAAGACUUGGCCCGCAUUGCCAUCCGAAGCACAAUCAAGAAGGUCAUCUGCCAGGAAGCAGUGAACAAAGGUGGAAAUGGACUGAAGAGCACACCCAGGCUUAAGCGAAGGAGGGUCCGCUGUCGAAGGAUGGAGACCAUCGUCUUUUUGGACAAGGAGGUCUUUGCUAGUCGUAUUUCCAAUCCCUCUGAUGACACCAGCUGUGAGGACUUAGAAGAAGAGCAGCAGGAGGCAGCAGAGAGGACCCCCCGGGAAGUCAAACCUGAGCCUCCGGUAAACUCCCUGCGACAGAGGGUCUUAGGCCUCCCGCUGCCAGACCCCCUGAAGUAUUACUUGCUUUAUUACAGAGAAAAGUAAGUUUUGUUUAAAAAGGGAAGUGAGGGAGAGGCAAAGCCAGUCUAGUCUGCCACUCCCUGCUGCUAGUGCCUCUGAGGGCCACUGGCUUCAUCCACGUGUGGUUUCCCAUUUCUGGCUCCUGAUUGUCCUUUAAAACUGAUCCAGUGGUGUGACAGAUUAUGUAAACAAUCUGACAAGACACAUACUGCAGAGAAGAAUGUUUUACUUCAGUAGGCAUUAGCUUGUCCCUCUCUGAUGAAACGCUCUUGAAAGCUAGAGCCUUCUUGUCAAAACUGUCCCUGAUGCCAGGAACACCCUACAUAUCUCAAACGCACCUGAGUCUGACCGCACUGUGUGCCGCAAAGCACACAUCCGCAAAUGUGUGACAUACUCCCCUCCAGGUUUGAAUUUUAUGAUAUCAACCUCUUAAUUAUUGGCUCUGAGUUCCACUGAACUUUUUUUUUUUAAUAUUCUAGAGAGUGAAAUAAAUACUAUUGCAAAACUCUCCCUUAUUUUAAUUCAAAUAAUUAAAUUUUAUGAAAAUUGCCAACUGUAAUUUUUAAAAGAAAAAAAUGGGAUUAAGGGAGGAGUAAAAGUAUCAAACUGCAGGAAGUUUUGCUGGAAUUCCAUGACUUCCAAGCAGUCCCUGGCCCCCCAGCUCUCCUUACCUUUAAAAGAACCACUGUCAAAUAACCUCCUGAAAAGGAGACAAGUUUUUUAUAAAAAUUGUGUAGAAAGCUCAAUUCCUCUUCCCCUAUCCAUAGGGAUGAUUAAUGCCCAGCUUUAAAGACCAUAACAGAUGAUUUCUAAGACGUUGACCAUGUGUUCUCUAAAAGACUGCAGGAAAUACAGAAUGUGAUAGACAUCCUGUGCUUUGACUUCAGUUUGCUAUCUUUCUGUGAUUGCAUUAGAGUACUGAUUCAUAGAUUUUAUCUUUUAUAAUUCUGGAGAAAAAGAUUUGUUAGUUUUGUAAAUUUUCUUAAGAAUAAUAUAUGUAUUUUAGUAGCUCCAUUAUAUUACACGUUGUAACUCAGUGGCUUGUGAAAAAAAUCCAUUUUCUCCCUGCCUUUGUGUCAAUAGCUUUUCAUGAAUUUGUGGGUCUAGGAAAAAAAACAAUCUAGUAGUCAGCAGAUUUUAAGUUAUGUUGCUGAUGUGAAACAUUGUCUCUUUUUAAAUAUUUCUCUUUCUUAGCCCAAAGAAAAGAGUAGUGCAACUUGUAAGUAAUUCCCUGAUAUAGGAUUAAGUUAUGAGAUUUUAUGAUUCACCUUAACCUCCAGGGAUUCAAUAUCGCUUUGGUUUGGCCAGUUUAAAUGGUUAUUUUGUCUCUUUUUUGCUUUUUUAGCUAGCAGAAUCAUUUUAUCACACAAGGCAGUCUGUAUGCACACACACACACACACACACACACACACACACACACAUAUGUUGUGUGUGUGUGUGUGUGUGUGUAAAAAAAAAAAAUAUAUAUUUAUCCCUAGAUUGGUGAUGUAACGGGAAGCUAGCUCAUACUUUCUUUUACCUGCUUCUUAAAGUCAGGCUUCUGUCUCUCAGAGAAAAAUGCAUGAGUUAAGUUUGUUUGCUAAUAUUUUUGUAAUUUUCAGAUUCUUGUUGAAAUUAUUCCAAUUGCUAUGUUAUAUUGAAUUUUUUGGAUGUAAUAUUAAAUGAAUGAUAUAUGUGAAAUUUGUUAUAGUAUGUGGGUUAACUAAAUUUUUUCCUAUAAUUGAAUAUGGAUUGCAUUUUUAAAAUGCAUUUGCCUUUAUGGUAGAUUAAAAAUAACAUAAGUAUUAUGGAUUAUAAUAAAUAAGACAAGUCUUCCCUUUAUGUUAAACUUUUCUUAACAUUUUAUAGGGUGAUUUUUAAACCAGAGUUCGGUUAAUAUAGUUGUAAUAUAUGUAAGAAAUAGGUUGGUGUUUAUUUUAUAAAAAGAAAGGAAAAUAUGUUUUCCUGUGAGCAAGCACUUUGCAACCAUAAUUCAGUGUAAUAUACUACUUUCUGUUUUCAAAUAGAUCAGUCAUAAUGUAGUCUAUAUUGUCGGCAAGAUUUUUAUUGUAAACAGCUGUUUGUGUUGAGCAGUUAAUAUUUUUCCAUGUGACUCUUGUCUGAAAGUAGUAAAGGCAUAGAUCUGUGCAAAAUAAAUUUCAAAUUUAUAAAUAUUAAGUAUGAAAUGUAAGAAUCAAAUGUACAUAAAAGUACUUUUGCAAGUCUAGAACUUACAAAGGAAAAUUGGUAGAAAUUUGAAACAGUGAUUUUAAUGAGCUGAUACAGGUGGAUAAAAAAAUGGGUAAAAUUAAGGCAUUUUAUUUUUAGCACUGCUUCUGUGUUUUGUAUGAGAUUUAAGUUCUUGAGUAUAUUCUUUAAAAAUUAUUAAGGAAAUAUACCUUGGCCUUCCUUAUUAACACACGUGUUCUUUUACUAGUUAUUUGUGUUGCUUAAUUCUUUAACAUUCAAAGUAGAUAGAAAGUUCAGUCAUUGUUUCUAAUUAAUAAAUGUGAAAUUGGAUAGGCAAAUUAAAAAGUACUAUGAAAAGUAA